AUGCGGGCUCCAUGGACGUCUGUUUUUGCGUGGAAUAUGCUACAGCCAGCAGUCGCGACCGCAGAUACUUUUAUGAAAGAUAUCGCGGCAACAAACAUACCGAGCUUCGUGCUGGAAUAUGCGCCUCUUGUAUGGCUGCAUAGCCAAGAUGCGUACAUGCCCUCCGACAUUGGACAGCAACUUGUACAUACUACGCCAAUGGUUGACCAUAAACCGAUCCAAGGGGUCCAGUCACCCUUGACUCUUGAUAACCUCGACAGCUUGAACAGUCUGGGCAACACAAGCGUUUACUUGACAUCCCAGGAAGGUAUCAACGCUUCCCCGCAGCCAGCGUGGUUCAAGGGCACCGCUCCAGAUCAACAGGGCAAGACGAACGGCGCAGUCUCCUCAACGAUUAUUAUUCGUGAUCACAACAAUGGGACGGUGGAUGCCUUUUACUUUUACUUCUAUGCGUAUAACGAAGGAAACACUGUCCUCGGUAUGGAAUUCGGUGAUCACGUCGGGGACUGGGAGCACAAUAUGAUCCGAUUUUCGAAUGGGAGCCCCCAAGCGAUUUGGUAUAGUCAGCAUGCUGGAGGACAAGCCUUCACGUACGACGCAACUGAGAAACAAGACAAGCGGCCAUAUGCAUACUCGGCAAAAGGCACGCACGCUGUUUACGUUAUGGCGGGCGAUCAUGACCAUACGAUUCCUCAUCUCAAUCUCCCCGCCGGAUUUGUUGUUGACCAUACUGACCGCGGGUUGUUGUGGGAUCCCAUACUGAGCGCCUAUGCAUACAGCUAUGAUGCCGACAGCGGGACCUUUCGGCCUUAUGACCCCAGCUACCCUGUUAACUGGUUGGACUUCAACGGUCAGUGGGGAGAUGAUGCAUUGCCGGGUGGGCCUGAGCUAUUUGGUCAGAAGAAGUACAGCGGGGGACCAAAUGGACCGAAAUUCAAGAAUCUUGUUCGUGACCAAGUGUGUUCAGACAACCCAUGCAUUGUUCUCCCAUUUCGAGUGUGGAGAACAGCAUCGGCAGAGCAAGAGUGA